AUGCCAUUUGCGAUUGUAGAAGCCUGUGAAGAAGAUGGAAGCAAAGAACUAUGUGUAGUUCCUGAGGGAUGGAUUUUGGAUACCCGUCAUAAGGAAACGAUCCUCCUGUGGCCCAAGUGCGUCGGACCAAAAAUGUACAAACUGCUAAACGAUAGCGAGAGUGUCGGCAACACAACAUGGCUGAAAAUAGAUUGUGUUGUUAAAAAGAUCAACAUUGUUAAACCUUAUGUUGCGCACGAACUUAUAUCGAAAAUGAAAGGAGAAUCCACCGCAACCGAGAACAGCGCAAGUUCACGGUGUCAACUAUCUAAAUCACCCAGUCCUCUAGGUGAAGAUUUUACUGAUUCACAUGUUGAAAAUUACACCAGCAACAUAAGGAAUAAAAAAGCAUCGCCAGCACCUGCAACUACGCUUACAAGGAGAGAAAUUAGCACAACAUCACAAACAUCCGAGCAAACUUUGUUGAACUUUGUUCAAAAGCUUGAAGCCAAAUUGGCUGGAUUGGAAGAUUUUAUUCGCAGAUUGGUUGAUAAGCUUCUACGCAUCGAAACUAUUGCGCAAGUUUUACUGCACAGAUAUGGUAUCAAAUGCGUUGCAUCAACCCCAAUGGUUACCGAUGUAAAUUUCGAGCAAAUUACUAACUUGGAGAGCAUGGAAGCUCUCAACGAAAACCUACUCAACGUUGGGUUCCAGGAGCAGAUUUACCACUGGCUGGCAAGCAACAUUACGGAGUCGCAGAGUGAAAACCGUAUGACGGAGGCAAUGGAUUUGCUGUUUGACAAAAAAUUUAUGACAAAGUGCAGCUGGACGGGUGUCGGUAGAGGUGCUGAAAAGAUCCCGAUGAUGAGAAUGGUCAACAUCACAAAACUGUUUCGACGCAUCGGCACAAACAAUGGGGUGAUCGUAAAUCAACGGAUGGUGAUGCUAUUUUUCAUGAAAAAGCUGAGAAACGCUGUUAGGAGAAGUGAAAUGAAACAUUUACGCAGGAGUACUACACACCAUUUCAAGUCCAAUAAAGUGAAGAAUGAGAACUAG